CGUUCGUGUUAAAAAUGCAUUAGAAAAAAUUCUGAACUUUUUAGAUUUUCGAUUGUUUUACCAAUUUUAGCAUCAUAUGAACUCAUAUUAGAACUGAAUAUGGGUGGAAGUUCAAGCACCACACGUAAGGUCACUGUUGAAGAAAGUGAAGGAAAUGGAGUAGUGAAGAUAUCUGAAGAUGUAGUGAGGCGUCUAAAAGGAGAAUCUACUGUACCAGUAAUUGGUGAUAAAUCAGAGAGGUUGAGUGGGAUAGAGGUUCUCGACAGAAAGAAACAUGAUAAAGAGAUGAAAAACCUUCAGGCAUACUAUGAGGAAAGGCUUCAAUACUUGGAGCAAAUGAAUUCACAGUUAUACCAAACCACAACAGAUCAGUUUGCCAAAGCAGUGCAGGAGGUGGAACAGAAAUUCUUAAAACAGACAUCAUCUCCAGUGUGCCAGGAACUCCAGAGUGAAGUGGUAGCCUGCUACAAUGCCAACCCUAAACAAACCUUGCUAUGUUCUGCACAGAUCAAGGCUUUCACAGACUGCGUAGACAAAUAUAGACAGAAUAAAUUAACCAGGGGGAAUGGAGGUGUAUGAUAGCAGUUUUAUUAGGAUUAAUUGACAGUCAGGACCAUAUUCUAUAUAGCACUAAAGAUUUUGAAGGAGUGUUUUACACCUAGCUUAUUAUAUGAACAGUUGAAAAUUGUGCCAGUGAACACGAUUUAUUCAAGUAAAUCAGGAAUUUAGUAUUUGUGGACUUAUUAAAGUCAUAAUGGACUUCUUCGUAAAAUGUGAUUUUUAGAAGCUAAAGAGGCCAUUGGAGCAUUUCGUAAAAUUAAAUCCCAUAUGCAAGUUACAGUAAAACCUCUACAUGUGAAUACUUCUGGUAACUGAGUUACUGUGUCAUUUAUUUUAGACAAGCUUCAUGCAAUGCGUUGAUAAAAACAUACAUUGAAUGCUAUUCUUAUUUUGUGUGCCACAUAUAGAGGUUAUUUACUUCAAAUAACACGAAAAUCUAGGGAUUUCUAAAAAUAGGAAGUGUAUUCAUAAUAUUGCAUGAUAUAAAAUGCUUAAAACAUUUAAAUGAAUUAGUAAUGACUAUUGCAAUACAUACAAGAAUUGUCAUAAAUGCCAUAGAAGAGACUAGAGACAGGUGUGACCUGGCUUUGGUUUAUAACUAUUAUUUGUGAAAUAAAAGUUUUGAAAUUGUA